CAUACAUAUGUAUCUCUCUCCCUCUCACAUAUAUAUACACACCCAAAACCUCAUUUAUGUUGAAAAAAACAUAUAGCCCAGAAAUGGUGAAGCUAAAUAGUAGUAGGUAGAGUGGCACUUAUGUUCACACUCCCAUAGUCUAAUAACAACACUACAAAUCAAGAAACCACAGAGGAAGAAGAAGAAGAAGAAGCAGAAGAAGAAAUAUGGCAGAAAGAGAAGAGUCCACAGAGACGAUGAUGAUGAAGAGAAACACGAACCCAAGAGCGGUGAUCGACACCUCGCCGCCGUUCGAGUCUGUCAGGGAAGCCGUGGACCGCUUCGGCGGAAGCGGCCCUUGGGUUCCCCACCACCUCCUCCGCCUCCCCCCUCUCAUUUCUCAGGACGAUCCCGCGGCGUUAAUGAACCUGGACAAAAUGGAAGAGGACGCGGUUCGAUUCGAGCGAGAUUUGAUGGUGAAGGAGAGAGAAGCGCUCGGCGUGUUGAAGGAAGUGGAAGCCGCAAAGCGAUACGUAGAGGGACUGAAGCUGAACUUGACUAUGGAAGAAGCUGCGUCGUCAUCCUCAGCUUCUCCCAUGUCAAACUCAGGGUUCAGCUCGCCAUCUUCUGGACGGUUGCCCGGUCUUCCGGAUCGGUCCCCGGGCACCGUCCUGAUGGAGCUGAACCAGGCGAAAGAGGACCUCGACAAGAUGUCGUCCGACCUUUCGGUCAUCCGAUCCUCGGUCGAGUCGCUCAAUAAAAAAGUGACGGACGGGAGGCAACAGCUCGGGAAGAGCAAAUGUAUGGAUAUAGUUGGUGAUGAUGAUGAUGGUGGUGGUGAUGAUGAGUGGGAUUUGAGCUUUGAAUCUGAACAAUUCAAGAAAAUGGCUGAAGCAUCAAGUUAUGAAGUUAUGAAGGCAGCCCUUGAGAUUGAACGAACUAAGGAAAGUAUGAGGAUGGCGGAGAUGAGGCUGGUUGCAGCGAAGAAGAUGGAGGAGGCGGCGAAAGCCGUGGAAGCCAUAGCCAUUGCCCAAAGGAAGGCUCUCUUGAGAAAGAAACACUUUUCUAUGGCCUCUCCAACUAAGGGCACAACUGUCCCAUAUGUUAAACCCCACAAGACCCUCACUCCAAAGGCUCAACAAGUUGAAGACCAUUGCAAGACCAAGUUCGUGGACUCGAACGUCGAGGUCGUCAAAGCCCUACAAAAACAAGGACAGGACAACAACAACAACAACAACAAUAGCAAGCACAAAGAAGAAGUGUUGGCAAGUGAAAGGAGACCAAAUGGCGUUGUAGCAGAGUUUAAGGAUCCAAUUGUCAAAGAACCGAAAACGCCCAAUCAAAAACCGGUUACGGUUUUCGGGUCAACCAUGUCGAUCGGGGACGUGUUGAACAAGCGGGCGAGCCCGACGGACGACGUUGCCCAGAGACAACACGUGUCGUUCAGCCAAAUGCUGCGGGGGCAGAGCGGGGCCGUGUUGGGCCCCGCCAAGUCCCCGAAAGGCGGGAGCGCGCAAAGGAAGAAGUUUGGGUUCAUACAAGUGCCACUUGCUAAGCAGAACAAGAAAAGAGGCCAGGCAAUGAACAGCCUGGUUUGAUUGCCCAUUGUUCAACUUAAGAAUAGUUUUUCUGCUAAUUUCAUAUUCAAGGGAUGUGUUUGGGAUGAUGUUCUCUACUUUGUGGUCUUGGCUAAAACUUAAAAAAUAAUUCACUUCUAUCAAU